AUGGUUGAUAAUAAAGUGAUAACAAUACACGAACAAUGGCAUCCUAUUCUAGGUAAAGAAAUACCUUUGAUUGAACCCUACCAUUACGUUAAAUUAAGUAGAAUUUUGUCACCACCAAAAUUAUUGGCUCAUGAAAGUGGAAGUGUAGGCAAAGUUCUUCCAUAUAUCCGACAGAAAGUUAAGAUGUGGGGAGCUGAUGUUCUUAGAGCAGAAAAUAUUAAAACUUUGAUCGAUGAAGAUGAUGAACUUUCUGAUGAAGAGUCAAUGAUAGAUGAAAGCCAAGAUUUAAAGAGAAAUCAAUUGUCUCGGUUUGAUUGCAUUGCUAGUUUGCUUGCCUCUGCUGAAUGUACUGUGGCUCAAGAUAUUUUUCGAACUUUAUCACAAUUUCCAAUUGCAUUUCCCUUGGUAUUACCUGAAUUAGAUGAAGCAGGAAAAUUUAAAGUAAUGCUUCCCUCAUUUACUGGUCCAAUUAUUAAAUGGGAAACAAAGCCUGGAACAAUUAUUGAAAAUCACCUUUUCAAUGAUCCAUUCCAAUUAAUAGUCGCUGUUCGAAUCGGAAAUAAUUCUUCAGGCAAAAGUACUAUUCUUAAUCAAUUAAUGGCCUCGAAUACUAUGUUCUCUUCACGUUCUGAUCCAAGAGCAGAAUAUGGAAUACCACAUAUGAUCAGCGGAAGCAUCGAGUUUACCUGGCUGACCAAAGAAACCUGUAGCAUAAGUUUAUGGAAUGAUGUUUUUGAAAACUACUAUAAAGAAGGAACAAAUAAAAUUAUAUUGCUCGCAAAUUUACAUGUGAUGCCUUAG